GGAUAGCCUGAAAUCCAAAAUAGCCUUUGACUUUUUCGAGUUUCCAGGAUCGAGAGAAAAUUUCGAGGGAUUUUUCGAUUUUAGUCAUCGAUUUCUACAAAAAAUGUCAACAAUUACCAGAUUUUUAAUUUCAAAUGGAAAAUCAAAUCUCCUGAGAACUCCCACUCAACAAAUUGUUUCUGUGAGAAAUGCAGCGAAAAAAACCGGAACGACCACUCAAAAUCGAGGUGGAAAUUGCCGAAGACCGAAACACAGAGGAUGGAAAGUCCAGGAUGGGCACUACGUCCAGGCUGGGCACAUCCUGGCAACACAACUCAGACCAAGAUUCCAUCCGGGGCUUCACGUGGGUUUUGGGAGGAAUGGGUCCCUAUUUGCCAUGGAAGCUGGAAAAGUCGUGGUGACAUGUGAGAAAGUCGACUUGAAUUGGGAUCACAGCUGGAACCAGAUGAACUACAGUGGACGUGAGACCCAGACGAUCUACAAAAAACAUUUCAAUAUUAUCCCAGAAAAGCAGCACGACAGAUUCAAACUCGUUGACACGAUCUAAUCACCAGUACUAAUUAAAUUCCAUAAAAAUAAUAAUUAGGGAAUAGAUAAAAUUAUUAAACUCUCA